AUGGAGGCCCAUAAUAUUUGUUCGAGCGCCAUUGUUGCUCAAGUUCUUACCGGAAAAGAUAAUUAUGAAAACUGGAAAGCUUGCAUAAAAAACUAUUUGUGGGUUAGAGAUCUGUGGGACGUUGUGGAACAGACCUCAGAACCUUCUCAACCGGAAGAGGAGGCUGAAUUCAAGGCUUGGAGUAAGAGGAAUGUGGCUGCUUUGCAUGCUAUUCAAAUUUCAUGUGAUCCGUUCAUGCUUUCUUUUCUUAGAAACAUGACUACGGCUAAAGAUGCUUGGAAGACUUUGGCCCGAUUGUGCCAAGUGCCAGAAGAUGCACCAGAGAUACCAGAGGAUAGACAUGUUGAACGCAAAAGUACUGCGGAGUUCCUCGAGGCUAUUAGGACACGUCAUUUGGAAAAGGCAAAGAAACUAUUGAGGGCCAACCCUCAUUUAGCAUAUACCGGAAUUCGGGCCAUGGCUGAUCUCACGAUCUUUCAUUUCGCAAUCUUCGAGGGUCAGUUGGAAAUGAUUGAUGAAUUUGUAAGCACAAUGUCAAAGGAACACCUAGGAAUGGUAGAUCGUGGUGGUAACACGGUUCUUCACUAUGUCGCCUUGUGCUCUGAAAACACCGAGAUUGCCCAAAGAUUGAUCACAAAGAACGAGGAAUUACUUACUGUUAAAAAUGGCGCAGAAGAUAUUCCACUUGAUCGCAGAGGAGAUAUUCCACUUAAUUUUGCAUGUUUGGCAGGCCAUAAAGAUAUGACUCACUAUCUAUACAACAUGACUACACCAGGAUUCCUAAUCGAGGAAGAAAACAAACGUCAGGCAGUGCUGGUCGUCCAUCGCUGUAUUAGUAACAAAUGGUUUGAUGUUGCUUUGGAUCUGCUCCGUCGUCGUCCACAAUUAGCAUUUGCUAAGGUCGAUGGAAUGAAUGCUGUUUCAAUAUUAUCCUCUCAACCUUCUGCAUUCCCUAGUGGCAGUCGGCUCUCAUUUCGGCAACGCUGUAUCUAUUCUUGUUUAAAUGUAAAACAACCCACUAGUGAAGAUGAUGUUCGUAUAAAUACUUACGAAGUACAAGAUCAAAGGCAAAUGACAAACUUCACGACGCAAGAUAUGUUCUGCUCUGUGACUUGA